AAGCUCCUCUUCCGGCAGUCAGCCCUUUCCUUCCGCGGUCGGGCACGGCAGCAAUGAAAGCUGAACAUGUUCUCUGCCAGGAAGUUGUCUGGAGUUUUCAGAGCCAUCAGAUUCCACCAUUUCAGAUCCCAUUCUGUAUCCAGAGCCUCUCCAAACUUGACUUUUGUGCCAGCCUGUCUUCCCCCAGAUCCCGCGGAAGUAGAGGAGCUGCAGCACUUUGUUUCUAACUCCAAGAGGCUGUUUGUAAUGACUGGAGCUGGAAUCUCGACCGAGUCAGGGAUCCCAGAUUACCACUCCGAAGGUGUCGGGCUCUACGCCAGGACAGACAGACGGCCCAUCCAGCACGCCGAGUUCGUUCGCAGUGCCAGCGCCCGGCAGCGCUACUGGGCAAGGAACUUUGUGGGCUGGCCCCAGUUCUCCUCCCACCAGCCAAACACAGCACACCUGGUACUGAGGGACUGGGAGAAGCUGGGGAAGCUGCACUGGCUGGUGACCCAGAACGUGGAUGCCCUUCACACCAAGGCCGGGAGCCAGCGCAUGACGGAACUGCACGGCUGCACUCACAGGGUUUUCUGCUUGGCCUGUGGAGACCGAAUCUUGCGCUCUGAGCUCCAGGAGCACUUUGAGGCUCUGAAUCCUACCUGGAAAGCGGAGGCGUUUGGCGUGGCUCCAGACGGGGAUGUCUUCCUGACAGAUGAGCAGGUGCGCAGUUUCCAGGUCCCAGCCUGCCGUAAAUGUGGUGGAAUCCUGAAGCCUGACGUGACAUUCUUUGGAGACACGGUGAGCCAGGAAAAAGUGACUUUUGUGCACCAGCGCCUGGCGGAAUCAGACUCCAUGCUGGUGGCAGGAUCCUCCAUGCAGGUAUACUCUGGUUACAGGUUUGCUCUUGCUGCCCGGGAGAAGAAGCUGCCAAUUGCAGUCCUUAACAUCGGGCCCACAAGGAAUCAUCAUCUCAAGAAAGGGGAAAACCUCCAUCUAGGAGGCAGCUGUGAGAUCCGGUGCACGGCCGCUGAGGACACCAGGAGAGGGCAGCAGGCCUCGCACGUGUCGGCCUCGCCAGUUCUCUCCAUUGAAACCAUCGGGAAACGGGAUGAUGAUGAAAAAACCACUUUUCUGCCUUACCUUGCCGUGCUGUUCCUCCUGAGGUUUGGAUAGAGGAGCUGAGAGUACCUUAUAAUGGAUUUUUCUGCUGCUCCUCUGAAAGUGGGGUUGGAGUUACCCAAAGCAAAUAAAAACCACUUCCUAUUUGGCAAAUCUUGUCUUUGUUUCUGGGCAAAUUCUUAGAGCAAACUGUAAUUGAGCCCAGCAGCCUGAGAGAGGUAUUUCACACACUGAGCUCCAGUGAGGGCAACACAGACUGCAGAUGGCCUGGAGGGCUGGGCAGCUGUGGUGUAAGUGCAGCCUCCCACAUCUUACAGUCACAUUGCUCCUACUGACACACCUGCUUGUUCAUGACUUCUGGAAAAUGACCCAAAUCUACCUUCUAGAGUGUGCUUCUUUCCCCAUAACUGCCUUGGAUGUCACCCUUUCCCAGCCUUUGCAGCAGGAAGGUGAAAGACUGUUCCAGACACCGGCAAUUCUGUCCUCUCCCACUAAGGAAAGAUACCCAAGUACCACCUUCUGCACCACUAACUAGACAAUGGCAGGGAAGAAGAAAAGCUGAGCCUGAGAGGAAGACCAACAGUACAAAUGUCUUGUAUUGGUCUCAGGCCCAAAUAGGAACUGACACAGGAUCAUUACCACGAGCACAGUUGUUUGCUCUCUGCAUGUCUCACCUCAGCUGGAGCACUUUCCCUUUCAUCUCUGCAAUGCCCAUAUAGUUAAGAGUAAUUCAACUCUCCCUGCAGAGACUGAAAAAUCUUGGCCUAGAAAACAACAAUAGAGAAAAGGAAGAUAAGAGGCUGAGAUUUCACUUCUGCAGCGUGAGCCCACAGAGCUGCUGUCCCUCCAGCAUCUCAUGUCCCAGCUGCAGUGCCGUGAGGGGCCUCAGAGCUCCCCAGCCUGCUGAGCACAGGGACACCUUGUGUUUCAGGUACUUUCUGUUUUGGAACAGAAAUACAGGCUGUCAUGGCAGAAGAUCUUCACACACACCUUGUACUCUCCAUACACUGGCAGUGAGUCAGUUCAAGCAAUCACUGGCCCUGCUCUUUCCACAACAUUCCUCAAAGCCCUAAUUAGCAGAACCCCUUCAGCCUCCCCACCUGUGCCGUUCAUUAGGGCCUGACAGGCUACAUUUUGUGGGAAGGUUCCCCAUGGAUGGAGGAUGUUUGAAUUUACUGUUAGGUCUUUCACACCACCAAAGCAGCAUGGAAAUGAGAAGCAUGAUCAAGGGACUAAACAUAAGUGUAGGCUUAUCAAAUCUGUACAGAGUAGGAUGGAUAUAAAUUGAAAUAGAGCCUUCAUUUAUCCACUGAAUUUAUCUAUGGAAUGCUAGUGUGCCCCAAAUGCUGGAUGCCAGGAGUAGAUACACUGCUCACCUCAAAUCUAGAGAGUUCCUUUUACAGGCCAAAUUUAUACCAACAGGUUCUGAAAUGCUUCCAACUGCACCCCAGCAAUCUUCUCUGCUUGUGAUGAUACAGCUCACAAGUACAGUGUUCCUUCUAGAUAGUGAUGGUAUUUUACCUUUUUUUCUCUACAACAGGGUUUAUAAUUUAUCACUACAAAGGGAUUUCAGUAACAUUUACUUAGGAGCUUUACUGUUCUACAAAAAAUAAUUUCAGUGAAUCAGAGCUAGUGUGUGAGCACAGGAGAUCUCAUCUUGCACUUCCAGCCCUAGGAAUGAUUCAUCUCGGCCACAUCUUGGGAGCACAUCCAGGAUCCUCAGGAUUUCUUUGGAGGACCCCAAGUACUCAACGUUUCCAGAAAAUUCACGUACACAAACACCCAAGGAAAA